UUAUAAAAUAGAUACAAUAUCGCUGCUCUUCGUUCAACAAAAAGUGUAUGCGAGAGAGAGUGUGUCUGGGAAUUACUCACCGGUGUGUCUAUCAGUCUAUACAUACACACAGCUUCUUCAUCAUCGAAUAAAUUAAUUUACAUCUAUUGAUAUUUGUUGAUUUUAGCAGCACGAGCACGACUAUUAUGUGAACAACGCAGCUUCUUCCGAUCUUCAUAUCUGAAGUGUAAUUAGAAAUGGCGGCUCCACCUAAUGUAGAGAUGGAGGCGGCUAAGUUCUUGCACAAACUUAUUCAGGAGUCGAAAGAUGAGCCAACAAAAUUGGCUACAAAGCUGCAUGUGAUUCUUCAACAUAUGAGAUCGAGCGGAAAAGAAAAUUCGAUGCCUUAUCAAGUGAUAUCGAGGGCUAUGGAGACUGUCAUUAAUCAACAUGGUCUUGAUAUUGAUGCGUUAACAUCAUCACGCAGUCCUUUGACCACUGGAACCCAGGUGGUAGAUUCUGCUUCAUCACAAUUUGCAGGUUCUUCGCUGAGGGGUGCAGUUGCAAUGGAAGCUAACACAAGCUUGGUAUCCGGCGACUUAACUAAAACUGAUCCUUAUGCUUCAAAUAGACCACCUGUUGGUCCCAGCUUUACAGGACAUGAUAUCUAUCAAGGAUCGGCAUCUCAUUUGAAUAGUAAAUCUCUUGAUCAUGAAAGCCCAUCAAGUUUCGACACUAGGUCUGUGAAAUCUCAUUCUGAAGAAAGGCAUGAUUCUCCCAAGUGGGAGAAAGCUAAAAAGAAAGAUAAUAAAAAAGGUGGCAGCAAGAGAAAAAAAGGUGAUCCGUCAUCAAAUAGUGAAAAUCAAUUUGGUAAUAUCCAGCCACUUGAAAGUAGUACCUUCGGUUCGGGGAUGGAUAAAGCUGCAACUAAGGCCGAUCAGCCCAGGAACAUAUCCAUACAAGGUGGUGAGCAUGGUCAGUUCAAUAACAUGGUCCAGUCUAGUAGUAUGAUGGAACAUAAUACCAUGAGAUCAGCUCUAAGAGGUAAACAAGAGAUUCAACAUCAAGGAGAAAAGUCUGUAGACUCAACCAAUAUUAGUAAUUCGUUGUCACGGACUCCACACUCAAGACACCCUGAAGAAAUAGAAGUGUCCUCUGCGCAUAAUGCUUUAAGCCGACAACAAGGAGUCUCACUUCCAGCUGCAAAUGAUGUUCUCAAUACCAGGGGCACAUGGAAUCAAACUAAGACGAACACAGCUUUUGAAAAAUCUCAAGUACCAAGGUUUUCUUUCAAUGCUAGUAGUGGCAAUUUAUCAGCAGAGACGUUGUUGAAUCAGUCAGCAGGUCCUGCUGGAAAAGCUUAUGGAAUGGCCACAAGUACCUCAGGUGCAUAUUCGACAACAGUACCCGGGCUUCCAGGGUCAGUGCAGUUUAGCAAUACAUAUGAUAAUCCUAGUUUGGGGCCAAAGAUGAAUAAAGACCGAAACAUGGAGCCAUUUUCUUCUGCUUCCUCUCUUGACGUCCCUUCUGAUAAAGGCACUUUUGGAAAUGCUUUGGAAUAUGAAGGUGGCAAUUUAAAUACCUCGGGAAAUGAUAGUAGCCUAGUACAGGGUGGCAUGCUGAACAAUGUUACAGAAAUGGGUGUGCUUAGAAGUACCGGUAAAUUACCAAUUUCUCAAUCUCCAUCUGCGCCCAUCAUGCCUUUUAAGGAACAACAUUUAAAACAGCUCAGAGCCCAGUGCCUUGUCUAUUUAGCAUUUCGGAACGGGUUGAAGCCGAAAAAGCUGCAUUUGGAUUUCGCGCUUGGAAAUUUUUUCCCCAAAGAAGAGGGACCUUCCAAGGAUAUGGUUGACCAUAAGGGGAAAGAGCAAUUAUUUGAUGGCACAAGCAAAAGUUCUGAUGUACCCACGCCAUUCGGAAGACAAGAUAAUUCAAGGGAAAGCGAGAAUAUGCGUCUAGAUCCAUCAUCAAUUGGACUGCUUUCAGAUGUAAAACUGACCAAAGGUGAAUAUAUGAACGUGGCUGGUGAAAAGAGUGGUAUGCCAUCAGGAUUCACUGAAUAUGGUGAGGAGAACAGAACGGUAAUGAUGGCAAGAAGAAAGCCGGACUCUGAAGUGCAAACUGGGGAACUAGUUCAGUCACAACUAUCUGCCAUGGGAGUACAUCCAGAUGGUUUUGGUUCAAGAAGCUCACCUCGUAAUAACCAUAAGGAUGAUUUAGACAAUAGGCAUCAACAAGUUAGAAGUAUAGAUCAAGCUUCAUCGGUUAUGGGAAUGGGACAACAGUUGCAGAUGGAGAUGACUGGCCAAAGUGGUAACAGUUGUGACGAGGAUGCUUCCAAUCUAUCACUACAAAGUUUAGCUGCUCUUAAUGAAUCUGUGCCCGAAAGAAAAGAUAAUGCUCCAAAUCAACCGUACAGUCUUGCUGACCGUAAUUUUCAAGGAAAUCGAGCAGCUGAUGCUUACUUGCCAAGUUUUCCACCAAGUGCACAUUGGAAACCACUCUCUAGAACGGAUGGUGGAAAUCUUAUGGUGUCACCGGAUGAUUCAAAAAUCUCCCAUAAAAGUUAUAGCGCCUCAGUUGGAAGCAUAAGGGUUCCUGCUGACAAUGCAUUGCUUAACGGCAAUCCCUUCCUAUUAGGCGACACUCAUGAAGAGGAAGAUGCUUCCAUGGCAACUGAUUUACCUUCAUCGCCAAAGUAUACUACAACAGAGAAGAUGAUUAUUGAUCAACAGAAAAGGAAACUUCUUACUGAAAAAACUUGGGCGCUUAAGCAGCAGCGGACACAGGAAAGAAUUGCAGCAUGUUCUGACAAGCUAAAGGAUAAUGUUAGCUCUUCUGAGGAUAUCUCUGCAAAAACUAGAAGUGUCAUUGAAUUGAAAAAGCUUCAACUCCUGGAGCUGCAAAGGCGUCUUAGAAAAGAUAUCGUGAAUGAUUUCUUCAGACCUAUCGCAAGUGAUAUGGAUCGUUUAAAGUCAAUCAAGAAACAUAGGAUAGGUAGGAGAUCAAAACAACUAGAAAAAUAUGAACAGAAAAUGAAGGAAGAGCGACAAAAGAGAUUCCGCGAGAGGCAGAAGGAGUUUUUCAGUGAAAUAGAAAUUCACAAGGAAAGGCUGGAAGAUGUGUUCAAAAUGAGGAGAGAACGAUGGAAGGGUUUCAACAGGUCAGUGAGGGAGUUCCACAAGCGAAAGGAGCGGAUACAUCGUGAGAAGAUUGACAGAAUACAACGAGAGAAGAUUAAUCUGCUAAAAAUAAAUGAUGUGGAGGGGUACCUACGUAUGGUUCAGGAUGCAAAAUCAGACCGUGUAAAGCAACUUCUGAAGGAGACGGAGAAAUAUCUUCAGAAGCUUGGAUCAAAAUUGCGAGAUGCAAAGGCCUUAACAUGUGAAAUGGACGACACUCGAGGUGCAGGUGUCAUUGAUAAGAAUGAAAUGAUUACUGAUAAUGAAGAUGAAACUGAUCAGGCGAAGCAUUAUUUGGAAAGCAAUGAAAAGUACUAUCUGAUGGCUCACAGUAUAAAAGAAAACGUCGCAGAACAGCCAAGUUGUCUUGUGGGUGGAAAGCUAAGAGAGUACCAGAUGAAUGGGCUAAGGUGGUUGGUUUCACUAUAUAAUAAUCACUUGAAUGGGAUACUUGCUGAUGAAAUGGGCCUUGGUAAAACAGUUCAGGUUAUAUCCCUAAUCUGUUACCUGAUGGAAAACAAAAAUGACCUGGGACCUUUUUUAGUUGUUGUUCCAUCCUCGGUUCUUCCUGGUUGGGAUUCAGAAAUUAACUUUUGGGCCCCUAGCAUCAACAAAAUUGUUUAUUCUGGGCCUCCUGAGGAGCGUCGAAGGUUAUUGAAAGAAAGAAUAGUACCUCAGAAAUUUAAUGUCCUUUUAACAACAUAUGAGUAUCUGAUGAACAAGAAUGACAGGCCAAAGCUAAGUAAAAUACACUGGCAUUAUGUUAUAAUUGAUGAAGGCCAUCGUAUAAAGAAUGCUUCAUGCAAAUUGAAUGCUGACUUGAAGCUCUAUCACAGUUCUCACAGACUGCUGUUAACUGGAACACCUCUACAGAACAAUCUUGAAGAACUAUGGGCCCUGCUUAAUUUCUUGUUGCCAAAUAUUUUCAACUCAUCAGAGGAUUUUUCUCAAUGGUUCAACAAACCAUUUGAGAGUAAUGGUGAUAGUUCACCUGACGAAGCUCUACUAUCUGAGGAAGAGAAUUUGCUGAUCAUAAAUCGUCUGCACCAAGUUUUGCGACCAUUUGUACUUCGAAGACUGAAACACAAGGUUGAAAAUGAACUGCCAGAAAAGAUCGAGAGACUCGUGAGAUGCGAGGCAUCUGCUUAUCAGAAACUUUUAAUGAAGAGAGUUGAAGAUAAUCUUGGCGCUCUUGGCACUUCAAAGGCUCGAUCGGUUCACAAUUCCGUUAUGGAGCUACGUAAUAUAUGCAAUCAUCCUUAUCUCAGCCAGCUACAUUCUGAGGAGGUUCAUGAUUAUAUCCCAAAGCAUUACCUCCCAAAUAUUGUAAGACUCUGUGGCAAGCUUGAGAUGUUAGAUAGAAUACUACCGAAGCUAAAAGCAACUGAUCAUCGGGUUCUUCUCUUUUCAACUAUGACUAGGCUCCUUGAUGUUAUGGAGGAUUAUCUGUACUGGAAACAGUACAAGUACCUCCGCCUAGAUGGACAUACAUGUGGGGGUGACCGAGGAGCUCUAAUUGAUCAGUUCAAUAAACCUGAUUCUCCAUAUUUUAUAUUUUUGCUCAGUAUUCGUGCUGGAGGUGUUGGGGUUAACCUUCAAGCUGCUGAUACUGUAAUCAUUUUCGACACAGAUUGGAAUCCUCAGGUCGAUCUGCAAGCACAGGCAAGGGCUCACAGGAUUGGCCAGAAGAGAGAAGUCCUUGUCCUUCGCUUUGAAACAGUCCAAACCGUAGAGGAACAAGUAAGAGCUGCUGCUGAGCACAAACUUGGAGUUGCGAAUCAGAGCAUUACUGCUGGGUUUUUUGACAACAACACCAGCGCUGAAGAUCGAAGGGAGUACUUGGAAUCCCUUCUGAGGGAGUCCAAGAAAGAGGAAGCUGCGCCAGUUUUACACGACGAUGCCGUCAAUGAUCUCAUAGCCCGCAGUGAAGCAGAGAUUGAUAUAUUUGAGUCAAUUGACAAAAGAAGGCAAGAGGAAGAGAUGGCAGCAUGGAAAGUGGCACUAGGGGGGAGUGCAAAUUCUUCUGAGCUUUCACACACUUUACCUUCUAGGCUUGUUGCAGCUGAGGAAUUGAAAGCAUUUUCUGAAGCUAUGAAAAUAUAUGAUGCCCCUACUUCUGUGACAGUAUCUAAUGUAGGAGGAAUUAAGAGGAAGAGUGGGUAUCUUGGUGGCCUUGAUACUCAACAUUAUGGAAGGGGAAAACGAGCAAGAGAGGUACGCUCCUAUGAAGAGCAAUGGACCGAAGAUGAAUUUGAAAAACUAUGCCAAGCUGAGUCACCCCACUCCCCAAAGAUGAAGGAUGAAGUUAAAGAAAUGAACUUGCCAAUGAUAAAAAGUGAAGAUUCUUAUGUAGAUGUUAAAGCAGAAAAGAUGGUACCAUCGGAGCAACCCAUGCAGCCACCACUUGAGCAACCAGCGCAACCCACUGCUACGCAGUUGGCGCAACCUUCACAUGUGCAAUCGCCUAUGAAAACAACAGAACCUCGUCUUGUGCACUUAGCACAAUCUUUGGCUGCACAGUCAGCAAAACCUCAUCAGCAGGCAGCACAGCUGCCUGUUGUUCAAGCAACUUAUCCUUCUGUUUCACAGGCAGGGCAAACUCCUAUUAUGCAACAAACACAACGUAGCAAAGAGACAACACCUAAAAGGGGACGAGGAAGGCCAAAGAGAGUAACAACACAGAUUUCUCCAACACAGACCUCUCCUCAUGUUUCAUCACUUUCUGGAGCUGGCAAUAUGGAUAUGGGGUCUCAAACUGGACCAGUUUCUAACUCCUUCGUGGAAGCCGGUCUUGAUCAUGCAACGAGAUCUACUGCUGCUGGAAAUAGUUCUGGAACAGUUAACCAGUCUGGUGGCAUAGAUACUUCUCAAGCUACUCUUCCUUCUGCUUCUCCUAGUUCACAACCUACUCUUGUGCCCUGUCCUGUACCUGUUCCGGAUAAAAGACGUGGGCGUAAGGGUCAGAGUGGAGUGGAAACACCGCAGCGAAGGGGAAGAAAGACUGCAACCGCAGGAUCAUCAACCAAUCCAGUUCUUUCACCAUCUCUUGGAAGUGACACUUCACAGAUGGCAUCACAAAGAGAAAUAGUUUCUAGUUUGCCAGCUAUAUCAGUUCCUGCUGGCCCUCCUGUAAAAGAUGUUGACAAGGAAACAAGUUCAGUUUCACUGAUCCCAGUUAUCUUGCCUUCUGAAAAUAUUAUGCCACAGGAUGUACAGGUCUCCAGCUCUUGUAUCCUCCCUAAUCCUUCUGUACCUGCAGAAGCUAGUGUGAAGGCAGAUGAGCUUCAUGCAGGGACUUUUAAUCCUGAGCAAAAUGUUCCAUGUUGUCCUCUUCCUCCUAAUUCUCAGGCAGCGAGUGUAGCAACUGACAUUAGUUCUCAACAGGACCCUCGAUUAUCUUCUGUUACAUCAGCUCCUCAGUCCGUAUCUCCUUCUCAGGUUGUACCAAAGCAAGUAAAGGGGAGAGGGAAUAAAGGUCAAAGUGAAAGCGAGACAACGCGACGAAGGGGAAGGAAGCCAAGUACUGCAAGUACUGCAGUUCCUGGUGGAUCAGGUGGUCAUGAGCAAACAUCAAAUGAGCCACCUCAGAAAAAAUCUAGAAUAUCAUCAGGUAAAACAGCUAUUGCCUCCAGAAGAAAGCAGCAGAAUGAGACUCAGAAUUUGGUGAAUGUCGUGCUGGCAGAAGCUAGUGAAGUUCAUGCAACGGAUAGUGUUGAUGCACCGGGUUUAUCAGGUGUGACUGGAGGACCUUAUCAGUCUGUAGAAAACAAUCAAGCAGCAAGCUCCGUAGCUCUGGAAGUGGCAGUUAGGUGUCCAUCCAAGGAGUCUGGUGAUGUGAAAGUCAGUCAGCUUGAUGUGCCGAUUUCAGGAGAUGAUACACUUUUGACAAAAAUGGAUGCUUCUCAGAGUAGCAUGGAACCUGUUGGAAUAGAUUCAUGUAAAGCACCUAUAACAAAUGUUGCUCCCACAAUUGAGGUUACAAGUGAUACUCAGUCAUCAGAACUUCAGUCUUCAAGAAGUGAGAGUGUACAGUUAACCCAACCAACAUUUCAAGCUUUAGAAACUGCCCCAGUUUCAGAUUUGCGAAUCAAUGAGGAAAGUGGGGCGAAGGUAGAGGAGAUUACAAAUGCUUCUUUGGGAGCUACACAAGGUGAUACAUCGAAUAUAAUCUCUGAGACUCAAAAUCUGGAAAGCAAAAUAGUUUCUGCUGUGUCUAAUAUGGAAACAUGUAUUGCCACUCUAGAUUCUGGUGAUACAAGUAAUUUAGCAUCAUCAACAUUGGAAACUAAUCAGACUUCUGAUGCUGCCAAAGUUGGAAGUCCAGUUGAGAAGGAAUGUUGUGGAAAGCUGGAGGAGGUUCCCGGAGUUGAUACAUCUGAGAGUCCAAAAAUUAAUUCAUAUGUUCAAGACAUAGCUGAGACUGAUAAAUUUACUCAGGAAUCUCUCGAAGGUAAAGAUGCGAUUCACCAUGUUUCUGAAAAGUGUGGUGACGCAGAGGAUUGUAUGGUCCAUAGCACUAGGGAAGCAGUGCGUUCUGUCGAAGAUAAUGUGAGAGUAGACGAUGCAGUGGUGGAAAAUAGGGAAAGUAUAAACAGCUAUCUAGUUAGUACCACAACAGAUGAUGCAAUGGCAGAAACUAAAGAGACUAUAAAUAGCUAUCAAGUUAGUGCUCCUUUGGAUGGAAGAGGUCAUGAUUCUGUAGCGAGUUCUGGGGCAGAUAGAAAUUUUGAGAUUAUAGCAGAUGCAGUAAAUGAUGCGGUCGGUGAUACAGAAUGUUCUGCAGGACUUGUGAUGGAGAAAUUUAUACUUGCCGAGGAUGUUAGGAUGAGUGACCCAUGUGGUUUAACAGUGUGUGCAGGUGAAGAGCCGGAGAGGAUUGAAGCUGUAGUUGCCCCAGAGUACAACACAGAGACUUAUGCUGCGAAGGAAAAGCAGGAGGCGGAGGUACAAUCUGAUGUCAAGGAUUUAUCUGAGCCAAAGAUUGAACAGGGUGACAAAGUAGCUCAGGCUGAUGAGGAGGCUACUCUUGAGAUUGGGCAGAGCUUGGUAGAGCCAUCCGUUCAGCAGUGCCAAACUCAGAUGGAGAAGGAGUUUGAAGCCUCUGAAAAAGUUGAACUUUCUGGCGAGCAGCUCCAAACUCGAGCAGGAGAAGAUUUGAACUCCAGAAGAAAGCAGCAGAGUGAGACUCAGAAUUUGGUGAAUGCCGUACAGGCAGAAGAUAGUGAAGUUCAUAAAUUUGAUAAUGUUGUUGGACCGGGUUUAUCUGAUGUGACUGGCGGACCUAAUCAGUGUAUAGGAAACAAUCAAGCAGCAAGCUCUGUGGCUCUUGAAGUAGCUGUUAGUUCUCCAUCCGAGGAGUCUGCCGAUGUGAAAGUGAGUCAGCUUGAUGUGCCAUUUUCAGGAGAUGAUAAACUUUUGACAGAAAUGAAGGCUUCUCAGAGUAGUGUGCAACCUGUUGGGUUAAAAUUAUGUGAAUCGCCUAUAAAAAUUGUUGCUCCCGCAAUCGAGGUUACAAGUGAUGCUAAAUCAUCAGAAUAUCAGGCUUCAAGUAGUAAAAGUAUACAUUUAACCCAACCAACAUUCCAAGCUUUAGAAACUACUCCACUAGCUAACGUUGAAAGCUUUGACAUGCAAACCCGGGAGGAAAGUAGUGGGAAGGUAAAGGAUAUUACAAAUGCUUCUUUGGAAGCUCCAGAGGGUGAUACAUCGACUGACAUCUCUGUGAUUCAAACUCUUGAAAGCGGAAAAGUUUCAGCUUUGUGUGAUAUGGAAACAAGUAUUGCCACUGAAGGCUCCAAUGAUACAAGUAAUUUAGCGUCGUCCAAUUUUGAAACUGAUCAGACUUCUGAUGCUGCCAAAGUUGGAAGUCCAGUUGAGAAGAUAUGUGCUGGAAAGCUGGAGGAGGUUCCUGAAGUUGAUGUUUUUGUUCAAGACAUAGCUGAUACUAAUAAAUCCACUGAGGAAUCUCUCAGAUCUAAAGAUGAGAUUCAGCAUGUUUCUGAAAAGUCUGUUGACACAAAGGAUUGUCUGGUGCAUAUUACUAAGGAAGCAGUAAGUUAUGUUGAAGGUAAUAUCAGAGCAGACGAUGCAGUGGUGGAAACAAGAGAACUUAUAAACAUUGAUCAAGUUAAUGCCACAAGAGAUAACGCAACGGUGGAAAGUAAAGAUAGUAGAAACAGCUGUCAAGUUAGUGCUGCUUUGGAUGGAAGAGGUGAUGAUCUUGUAGGGAGUUCUGCGCCAGAUAAAAAUAUUGAGACUAUUGCAGGGGCAAUAAAUGUGGUGGUCGGUAAUGCAGAUUGUUCUGCAGGGCUUGUGACGGAGAAAUUUAUACUUGCGAUGGAUGUUGAGAUGAGUGAUCCAUGUUUAACAGGCUGUGCUGGUGAGGAGGAGAGGACAGAUGAACCUGUAGUUGCCCCAGAGUACAAUACAGAGAUUAAUGCUGGUAAGGAAAAACAGGAGGCAGAGAUACAAUCAGAAGCCAAGGAUUUAUCUGAGCCAAAGAAUGAACAGUUUGACAAAGAAGCUCAGGGUGAUGUGGUGGAUACUGUUGAGAUUGGGCAGAGUUUCGAAGAGCCAUUUGUUCAGCAGUGCCAAACGCAGAUGGAGAAGGAAUUUGAAGCCUCUGAAACAGUUGAAAUUUCUGGCGAACAGCUGCAAACUCAAGCAGGAGAAAAUUUGAACUCCAGAAGACAGCAGCAGAAUGAGACUCAGAAUUUGGUGAAUUCCGUACAGGCAGAAGCUAGUGAAGUUCAUAUUGCUGAUAAUGUUGCUGGACCGGGUUUAUCUGAUGUGACUGUCGGCCCUUAUCAGUCUGUAGGGAACAAUCAAGCAGCAAGCUCCCUAGCUCUGGAAGUAGCUUCUAGGUCUCCAUCCAAGGAGUCUGCUGAUGUGAAAGUGAGUCAGCUUGAUGUGCAAUUUUCAGGAGAUGAUAAACUGUUGACAAAAAUUAAGGCUUCUCAUAGUAGUGUGGAACCUGUUGGAAUGGAAUUAUGUAAAUCACCUGCAAAAAAUGUAGCUCUCACAAUUGAGGUUACAAGUGAGACUCGAUCAUUAGAGUAUCAUUCUUCAGAAAGUGAGAGUGUACAGUUAACACAACCAACAUUUCAAGCAUUAGAAACUUCCCCCCCAGAUGGAAUCUUUGAUUUGCAAAACGAGGAAAUUGGGGGGAAGGUUAUGCUGAUUACAAAUGCUUCUUUGGAAGCUACACAGGGAGAGAUGUUGGCUGAAAUCUCUGAGAAUCAAAAUCUGGAGAGCGUGAAAGUUUCAGCCGUUUGUAAUAUGGAAUCAAGUAUUGCCGCACAAGGUUCUGGUGAUGCAAGUAAUUUAGCUUCGUCAACUUGGGAAACUGGUAAGACUUCUGAUGCUGCCAUAGUUGAAAGUCCAUUUGAGAAUAAAUGUGGUGGAAUGCUCGAGGAGGUUCCUGAAGUUAAUAUAGCUGAGAGUCUAAAAAUUGAUGUUUUUGUUCAAGACAUAACUGAGACCAAUAAAUUUACUGAGGAGUCUCUCAUAGGUGAACCCCAUAGAAGUCCUGAAGAAGAGGGUGCAUUGAAAGGGUGUACAGAGGACACUAAGAAAGACGAGCUGGUGCAUGAGCUGGAGGUUUCCAGAGUUGAUAGAUCUGAGAGUCCAAAAAUUGAUGCUUUUGUUCAAGAAGUAGGUGAUGCCAGUAAAACUACUGAGGAAUCUCUCGUAGGUGAACCCCAUAGAAGUCCUGAAGAAGAGGGUGCAUUGAAAGGGUGUACAGAGGACACUAAGAAAGACGAGCUGGUGCAUGAGCUGGAGGUUUCCAGAGUUGAUAGAUCUGAGAGUCUGAAAAUUGAUGCUUUUGUUCAAGAAGUAGGUGAUACCAGUAAAACUACUGAGGAAUCUCUUGGAAGUGAACCCAAUAGAAGUCCUGAGGUCACUAUGAAGGAUGAACCGAUGCAGGAGAUGGGAAGUAAAGUUCAGUCUAGUACAGAAGGUGGCGAGGGACGUGAAGACAGUUCAGUCUAGUACAGAAGGUGGCGACAGACGUGAAGACUCUCACGCAGAGUACAUCGUGGAAUGAGUUAAGAUUAUGGAAAAUAGGAUGCCGGACAAAUAUUGUCGAUCAAAGAGUUGUCUCACUUAGGUCAAAUAUGGAAAAUAUUAUUUAUGAGGAGAUUAUUGUAUGCAAAUCCUGUCUGAUGACAAUGGAGUGUUGUAAAAAGGCUAAUUUGCAACUGUUAUAUAUCCUUAGUUUGGAAAUGAAGAUUUGGAUGGCCUGCUUUCCGUAUACAGAAA